CUCAGAUGAACCUUUCAAGCAGAGACAUGUUCAAGAAACACUUUUUCAGGUUCCAGGAAGGUUAAAGAAAGUACUCAUGCAUGAGAUUUGGACUGAGUAACAAAUUUGAAGCAGAAUUUCCUUCAUCUUUAACUGGAAAGGUUGCACCAGAAGAAUUUAAAGCCAGCAUCAGUAGAGUUAACAGCUGUCUUAAGAAGAACCUUCCAGUUAAUGUGCGAUGGCUACUUUGUGGAUGCCUUUGCUGCUGCUGCACUUUAGGUUGUAGUAUGUGGCCAGUUAUCUGCCUCAGUAAAAGAACACGAAGAUCGAUUGAGAAGUUAUUAGAAUGGGAAAACAAUAGGUUAUACCACAAGCUGUGCUUGCAUUGGAGACUAAGCAAAAGGAAAUGUGAAACGAAUAACAUGAUGGAAUAUGUCAUCCUUAUAGAAUUUUUACCAAAGACACCGAUUUUUCGACCAGAUUAGCGUUUGCUUUAUUUAAAGAGACUUAUCCAAGUACGUUGUCUUUCCAAUGGUGCCUUGCUUGGUGCUCUCCUGGUGGUGACAUAGCGUUGGUUCUACAGAAUCUUGUGGUGUUUUCAUUCUUUUUCAUUUGUGUUUUUUUGUUUUGUUUUUUUGUUUUUAAAAAGAGCAUGUUAUAAGUGCGUUUGGUCAAACUUUGCAAAAGUCAUUUCAUGCAAAUGUUAACUACUACUUAAGUUAUUACUUUUACUUCUUUUGUUUGUUAAUGUAUCUUGAUUUUCACAGUCUUUUAUAUGUGUGCGCGCGUGUGUGUGUACAUAUAUAUAUUACUAUAAAUACACAGCUGAAAAUGGUCUACAAGUGAGCAGGUAUUUUUUUUACCCCCUAAUGACACAACUGAUUAAUUGUACAUUGUAUAAGUCCUUUUAAUUAUUAAUUUAUGUUUUGAAGUAACUUCUAUGAUCUACCUAAAUUUUUGUCAGUGACUUGUCAGCUGUAAAUAUUUUUAUUUCUUUUUGGGAUAUUGGCUAGCCUCUUCCAUCAAGAGGAUGAGAGAAAGUUCUUUUUGAAGCUAUGCUUUUUGGAACCCAAAUGUCAUUGCAUUAGUAGAAAUCUCUGUGCUUUUCAUGAAGAAAUCCUAUCAGCUGGUUCUGAAAAAGUUCUAACUUAAAGGUAAAUAAAUGGAAAAUAGAAUUAUUUUACUCAGACUAGAAGAAUCACAGAGAGAAGAACUGCAUGCAUCUGAUUAGUAGAGCUCAGGAUCACAAAAAUAUAUUAGUAUUGCAGAUUAUAGUGUAGCUAUUUUAAUUCAGGCUAAUGCCCUGUAUCAGCUUUAUUCUUACUGUUUACCAAAUCCUGUACACGGGGUGCAGAAGUACUUGUUUCAGUGAAUUUAUUGUCCGAGAGGAUCUUUCAGGGGUUUUUUUGUUUUGUUUUGUUCUUUUUUAAAGCCACAUAAGCCGAAAAAAGUUGUUAGGGAAAUCUUGAACGAUACAGUUCCAGACGCAAAUGGAGGUGCCAUGUAUCAAAAGUAAUCAAAGCAGGGUACGCUGGACAGCAGUGUAAAUUUGAACGUGUUGGAUAAAUAUUUAUUGCACCCUUUCUUCAGCUCAUUUUGGUUUACAAAGCUUAUUUUCUGCACAGGAAUAAACAUUUUUUUAAACGGGAUAUAUGAUAUAUACUUGGGUCAGGCCAGUUGUAUAUUAUUUCUUCUACUUUUAUCUUAGUUGUACAGAUCUUCACACAUUAUAGUUUCUUUAAUUGCUACUCAGUCAUAUUUUUAAGUUUGCUUUAUGUCUCUGAAAUUACUGUACAUGAACAGUAGUGUAAGCUAUGAAUAUGUUCCUUAUACAGUUGUGGUAGCAAGCAAUAAUGUGAAUAUAUGAAAAACAGAUACUCUGCUUAAUAUUUGUAUGAAUGAAAAGUUGAUACCACUACAAGAAUAACCUUCUCUUUUUAAUCUUUUAAAUACAAGUUUUAUUUCAAGGUAAUAUAUUACAGGUACCUUGAUGCUGUGAACUAUUUUUCUAUGUCUUCAAAAUAUUUAUUCUAUGUAAAAUCUUCUCUAGUGAGUAUCAUAUUCCUAAAUGUUUGAUAGUAGGAGCAGUCUAGAAAGUUUUAAGUUUUCUUAAUCUAAACCCUCUGUAUCUAUUCCCCAAAGUCAUUCUUUGCUCAGUUUUUUUCUGUGGGUUCCUGAUGUUUACUUUGAAAAUAGCUCAGCUAUACUUUUUGUACAAGCGUACAAUUGUGUUUCUUUGACUUGACUGAAUAUGUUUUUUCGUUUACCAGUAUCAGUUUUGGACUCAGUCUCCUGAGUCUCACAACAGUUUCUUCCCUGGAAUAACUGGUUAUAAUUUUUUUUUAAUUAAUUUCAGCCUCUUCUUUAGUACAAAUCUGUAUCUGCAGCACUUCUCCUUUCUCCCAGAAGUUAUAAUCUUUGGCUAAUUUCAGCCUGUGAAGUGAGCCAGAAGGCUAAAUUUGAUGGCAGCUGAGGUGAUGCAGGUUGGAGGCACAGGGAAGAGGUUGAAACUGAACAGAAAUAUUAACUGGUAAUAAUGUUGAUGAUCAGAGAUAAAUGUUGAUUUCUUUAAGUGCCAGUUUUCAAUAAAGUAAGUAUUGAAGCACACUAAGCCUAGGUUUUAUUAUCAAAAUUCACAGUUGACUAUAUAGAUAGCUGUUUCAUGGAUGCAUUUUUCCACUGACAGUUUAUUAGUGUGGAGGGAUAUCUCAGAUAUGGCUUGUAUGUACAUAGCAGCACUGAGUUUAGCUACAGUAUUUAGCUAUGUAUGUACAUAGCAGCACUGAGCUAAUCACCUUAGCUUAUUAGCCAAGCUUGCCAGGCUAAGUUUUGUGACAUUACAACUUCCUCGCCAGCAGUACUCAAACCUAUCAACUUUAAAGCUAAUUUGAGUGUGAGUGGUGAAUAGAGUAUGGCUUAAAGAUUUGCAGGGUGUAUUUCUUUAGUGAAACUUCCACAUAAUACUAGUGCUGUUUAAGAUCUUGCCUACUUCAGGUGCAUCUACUGUCAUCCACUUGAGUUAGCAGCCAUAUCAGUAUUUUAACUAUGACUUACUCUCUAAGAAUUCUGUUAUAGGUGGCAAAAGUAGAGCUUUGAGCAAAUGAAAUGUUAAAUCCCUUAGUAAGGAGGCCAGCCUAAUUGCCUCUUAAUGCAUUACUGAUAUUUUAGUGCAACAGGAAACAGUGUCUCUGACUUAAAAUAAUACUAAGAAACUUGGGAAAUUGGAUUUAUAUAUAGAUGAAUUUUGCUCACCAAAAAUGCUACUUUCCUGACGAGGUAGUACACUCACAUUGUAUGAAUGUUAUACAAUGUUUUUACACAAAAACUUUCUACUUAUAAUUAAAAAGAUCGAAAUUGAAUGUAGCAAAAACUUUAAAUCAUCUAUUUAAUACUUGCAGCAGCCAGUGGGAUUUUUUCUUUGAUGUUUUUUCAGAAAUGUCUAAAUCUGAUUAUUUUAUGUGCUAGUAAGAAGACAUAUCUUAACUUUUUUGUUUUGCCCAGUUGACAAAGUAAAAAGUUGCAAUAGUUCAAGCAGGCCAGAAGCUAUAUUAGGACUUCCAGGAGGUAGGCUAUUCUUUGCUAAUUGUAUUGGCCUAAUCUAUUCAGCUCCUCAGCAAUUCCUGCAAAUCUAUUCCCAUUUUUCUUGAAUAGUGAAAGUUAGAUAGUGAUACUCUGAUAAAGCUAAUUAUUGUGUGUGGAUACAGUGGCCUUUAACUGGUCAGUCAGGAUUUGUUUCUUACUGUAAUAUAAGCAAAUAAAAUUAUUUUUAAUCUUCUAAUGAUAGGUAGAAAUAAGUCCUUGAGAGAGAAAGGCUUUCUGUCUGACUGUACAUGAAAAGUUCUGUAGAGUUUAUCUGUUGUUGAAUAGCUGUGGUUUGACAUUUACACUGCGAUUAGCAAAUUUCACCAGGGAUUAAAAUGUUUAUGGAGAAUAGGUUACAUGAAAUCAGUAAAAGUUUUGUAACAGCUUGGUAAGAGUCAUUUUAAUAAACUAUAUAUAAGAGCAAAACCAAAAAUGUCCAUGGGCAAUCAAAAAUUUCCCAUGAUACUCAAACCAUGUACAGUAGAGUCUAAGAACUUUUUACAGUAGUUGGAUUGUAAAUCAUCAUCUGUAAAUAUAAUUUAACAAAUUAAUUUACUUUUUUGUAAAUCUCAAGACCAUGGUGUUUAUUUGUAAUACUCCAACUCUGAGGUAUAUGUUUAGGUAAGAGUCUGUAAAGUCAUUCUUUCACCGUCAGGGUUACAGGGGAGACCGUUAAAAUACAGUCAGUAACUGCUCAGAAACCAGAAGGGAAAGAAACAGAACCUGUAUUUAUUCCCCUUUUUCCCCCCUAGAGUCUUAAUUUUAAAUUGAUCCUGCUGUUUUGGGAGCCCUAGCUUUCGGUUUCUGAGCAGCUGGCAGUAAUGCAAAUUGUUCACCGAAAAAACCCAUUUAAAUUCUGAACAGUUUAAAGAGAUCACUUAAAUUGAAGAGGAAAAAGACUUUUUAAGCAAAGAUAAUCCUUGUUUCUUUCAAGUUCUCCAAGCACUGCUGUUGAGUAAUUAAAAGAAGGAUCAUGAUGACCCCACAUUAGGUCAAAAUCCAGAUGAUUUUAUGGAAAGGAAAUGCUCAAUUAGAGAGGUCUCAGAGACCCAAAUGUCUUGGAUUCACAGUUACGACUUAAGGGAUAAGUAAUGCUAGCUAGUUUUGUAUUUGUGACUAUAAUCAUUUAUGCUGUUUGUCUGCAAUCUUGCUUAUGCAAAGAAAGCUUUUUAAAAAGAAGAUCUAUAUUCACUACCACUAAUUUGCUCAAAUUUCUGUGAUUCUUCUCCCUAAAGACACAUUGCAUUUCCAUCCCUAACCGCAAAAUGUGUGAUGGUUAUAAUGCCUUUAAUAGCCAUACGUUAGGUAGAAGUAUUAAUUUCUCAGGGACUAGUAGGAAAUAUGAAAAUUGAGUUAAUGAGCUGAAUGCCUAUCUGCCAUGAAAGCUUAUUUUGCAAACUGCAUCCUAGAAAGCUUCUGAUUGUAAUAUGCAUGGCCAUUUUGAAUGUUAUCAAUAUAUAGGUAUGAGA